GGCAAGGAAAACUUGUUGUCCAUGUUGUAGAGAGAGAGAAGGAGACUGCAUCCGUUCUCCAGCCUUCGCAAUCGUCACUAUCCGCCACCAUGGAGUCUAGCUAUGGUGUUGGUGUGACCAACAGGUUUGCCAUACCUGAUGAGGAGGAUGUUGAGGUUGAUGAUCCUUUAGACAUCAUUCAGAGCGUGGAGAAGAAAGCUACUGAGCAGAAGAAGGAAGUGAAGAAGCCCGUUGCUAAGGGCAAGGCUCCUGAGAAGUCCCAGCCGAAGUCCUCUGCAAACGAUAAACCCAGAGGUCAAAACAGAGGCUCCGACAAACCAUCACAGCCACGCGGCGAGCGAGGAGAGCGUGGUGGUGAAAGGAGAGAGCGCAAACCCCGUGAGGGUGGUGAGAGAAGACCACGGAGAGAGGGUGGCAACAAUCAGGGCAAUAGUGGAUUUAGUGAGGAGAGCUCAUUUGGCCAGGAAUCUUCUUUCGGUGGCGAGACCCAAUCUUUCGGAGAUCGUGAUACCAGAGAGAGAGGCCGUGGCCGUGGACGGGGCCGCGGUGGUCCUCGUGGAGCUGGUGCCCCUCGUGAAGGACGCAGAGAAUUCGAUCGCCGUAGUGGCAGUGACAGAAGUCAUGUCCGUGCCCAAGACAAGAGAGAAGGCGGCGGUCCCCGCAACUGGGGUAACCCAGUGAACGACUUUGGAGUGCCAGAAGAUGCACCUCAGACCGAAGCCACCACCGAGGAUGCUGCACCGACAACAACCGAGGGAGUUGAAGGUGAGAACAAGCCGGCCGAGGAGGCUGCACCCGUAGUUGAGGACGAGGAUGCCAAGCUCAUGACCCUUGACGAGUACCGAACCCAGCAGCAACAGUCCCGCUACAAGUCUGAUGUUAAUGUGCGCAAACCCGGCGAGAACGAGGAUCUCUCCAAGUGGAAGAACACACGCCGUUAUGAGCGACCUGCCCAGGUUAAUGACGAAGACGAUGUCGAAUACGUGAUCGAGAAGAAGGAUCAGCGGUCUCAUUCGCGACAGACUGUUGACCUCUCCUUCAAGUUCAACGUGGACAACGCACCCCGUGGUGCCCCAGAAGGCAGACGGGGACGUGGCGGUCGUGGUGGUGGCGGCGGCGGUCGCGGUGGUGCCCGUGGUGCACCAAGUGGUAGCCGCAGCUACGAUGCCCCCCAGAGACGCGAGAGGGGUCCAGGUGGCAGCUACAACUUCCGUGACGACGACUUCCCAGCUUUGGGUUAGGGACCUGGUGCCUAUGCGAAGGUGCAUCAGCAUUUCCCCCAGCGACUGGCUGUGUUGGAUGCAGCGAACUCUUUAUCUCUUCUUCACCUGCGGCAUUCCAUCCCUUUUCUUACCUAGAGUCGAGUGUGUUUCAACAUCCUACACAUCGAAUUGAUAGUCACCUUAUUUCAACCCCAAACACCGCCAGUAGAAGCUUGAGCUUGCGGCCAUGCUCCUCUUUUCAGUUUUUCCUGCAACGCUUAGCUGUAUUCAUUAGGUUCACAGUAUCAGUUCCCCACGCCCGAUAGUCGCCUGUUUCUCUUUUUUCUUGUGCCUCCUCGGCAAGCAAAGCUUUCAUAGGUAGACACACUUACUUUUAUUGGUUCUCCCUAACUGCUUUGAAGUGGCUUGGUAUUCGUUCUUUCUUCUCAUCUACAUAACCACUCGUUCUUUGUGGGUAGUUGUGGGCGUUUGUUCCUUUUGUGUGCAGCUACUGUUGAGCUUUCUACUCUCUACGACCGCUCUGUGCUUGGUCUUUUUUGGCCGGAUUGAUUUUGUGACUCUCAUUGGCUCUGGUAAUACAGCAUCUACAUCUGUGCUGGCUUGGCCAUUUACCUUUACUCUUGUUGUAUUGGUGGCGUGCUGUUUAAAUAGCGGUGUUAUAAAACAUCGGUUGGAUGAUGGCAGUGUAACAUUA